AUGAAGCCUUGGUUAUACCAUGCAUGGCGCGUCUAUUAUUCGAAGGACAUAGCAGCACAUGGCUCUCCUCGAAACAUUUUAUCCACUCGGAUUCGCCGUGCGGGGCACGUAGCGGCGAAGUCUGGAAACGACAAAGCAUUCUCAGACACCCUUCUACUCCCAAAAACCAGCUUCACUCUCUGGAAUGAUCCUACACAAAACGAGGCUCUGCGUGCCCGUACGUGCGACGAAUUAUACCGAUGGCAGUGGGAACAUGCUGAUGGUCCACUGUUCGUCCUACACGACGGCCCACCAUACGCCAAUGGCCGGCUGCAUAUCGGGCAUGCCUUGAACAAGGUAGUCAAAGAUAUUAUCAACAGGUAUCAUGUGUCAGUGGGGGAUCGUGUGCACUACUUGCCGGGGUGGGAUUGUCAUGGUCUUCCUAUCGAGAACAAAGUCCUGAAGAAGCUGGGAAAGCAUUCCCGCGAACUGUCAUCCAAUAUAAUUCGCGCAGAAGCUGAAGCCUACGCCCGACAAGAGGUGCAGUUGCAGACGAGCGAGUUCCGGCAAUUCGGUAUUAUGGCGGAUUGGAGUCCAGAAACGACCUAUCGCACACUAGACCCGGAUUAUGAGAUCAGGCAGCUCCGCAUUUUCCAGAAAAUGGUUGAGAAAGGCUUGAUUUACCGGCGUUACCGUCCUGUGUAUUAUUCGCCCUCUUCGCUUUCUGCUCUCGCUGAGGCAGAGCUAACUUACAACGAGAACCAUGUCUCACACACGGUUUAUGUGGCCUUUGAGCUCGAUUCUGAGAGUCCACAUAUGAGUGCGACGCUGCGCUCCCUCAUUGCUGGCCGCAGCAGUGCUCGCGUGCUCGUCUGGACAACUACGCCGUGGACCCUCACUGCUAAUAUGGCUAUUGCGGUUAAUCCUGAUAUGAUGUAUAGAGCAGUUGCGCCAGAUAACUGCCCCUCAUCAUCGCUGACAAUAUUCGCCGUGGAUCGAGAAAGCGCUCUUCUAGACCUGCCAGAGGUGGUAACGCCAUCCAAUAUAUCCGUUGCAGAGGUCAACGGUUCCGAACUUGUUGGUGCUACAUAUCGCCCUCUUUUCGCUUCCCUGCAGCAUACAGAUGUUCCCUCACUGCCCAUCAUACCGUCUUCACAUGUGACCCCGGAUGCUGGUACUGGUCUUGUACACUGCGCUCCUGCGCACGGUGCAGAGGAUUACUCAGUCUUCCAAUCUCUUGGGCUCCUCUCAUCUGACGCCGCGAAGAUUGUAUGCCACGUUGACGGCCUUGGUCGAUUUACACCAGAUGUUGCUGAAGUCGUGGGCGCGCAGGCAGCACGGGCUCUCAUCGGCAAGGAGGUGCUUGGCGACGGAGGAAAAGCAAUAGUCUCGCUCCUUCAAGACACGAAGUUCUUGUACGGGAAGCAGAGGAUUCGACAUCGUUAUCCUUAUGAUUGGAAGACGGAUCAACCUGUGAUCACUAUCGCAACGUCUCAAUGGUUUGCAAACCUUGACAAGGUCAAGGAUGACGCGAUCACUGCCUUGCAGGAUGUUUCGUUCGUCCCUGCUGCCUCACGUCACCGCUUGGAAUCAUUUAUUCGCAACCGCUCGGAAUGGUGUAUCUCGCGACAACGUGUCUGGGGUGUGCCCAUCCCUGCAUUGCAUCACCUACCCACUGAACGCGCAGUGCUCGAUACGGCUAGCCUUGAUCACAUCAUCAGUAUCUUACAGAAGAAGGGAACUGGCUACUGGUGGGAUGGUCCUGUUGAGGAGUUCAUUCCGCCUGCGCUCCGCGAGGGCAUGGACGAGAAACAGCUCGCGGAAAUGUGGCGUAAGGGGACAGACACUCUAGACGUGUGGUUCGAUAGUGGGUCGUCCUGGACGAUGCUUGAGGGUCUGCAUGCAAAGUACGGCUCAGGUGAGGGAGCGAAGGGCAGAACGUUUGGCGCCGACGUGUGCGUGGAAGGUUCCGACCAGCACCGCGGGUGGUUCCAAAGCCAGUUGCUAACCGCGAUCGGUUCGGCGAAGAGCGAAGAACGGAAAGGUUUGAGCCCUUAUGGUACACUAAUCACGCAUGGCAUGGUCCUCGACGAGGCUGGGAAGAAGAUGAGCAAAUCGUUGGGCAACAUCGUCAGCCCAAUGACAGUUAUUCUUGGCGGUGAGGACAAGCGCAAGGAGCCUGCGUAUGGCGCGGAAGUGCUCCGCUUAUGGUCGGCUACUAUGGACUUAACGAAGGACAUGUCCAUUGGACCCGAGGUGCUCUCUCAGUGCUCAAGAGCUCUCCGCAAAAUACGUGGUACUGCAAGGUUCAUCCUUGGUGCCCUAGAGGACAAAUAUCCUGAUUACAAACUGGAUCGCAAGGAUCUCGGAUUGGCUGGGCGUUAUGUUAUGCACGAAUUACUGAAACUUGACAAUGUUGCGCGGGAGGGGUAUGCAGCCUAUGACUUCCCUAAAGUUGUCAAUGCUCUAUCAAACUUCGUGAACAUCACACUCUCCUCGCAGUAUCUGGACAUCACCAAGGAUUGUCUCUACGCUGACAGCAAAGACAGUGUAGAGCGCCGCGUCGUUGUCGGUGUUCUCCAUCAUGUUCUAACCACAAUGACGUCUAUUAUGGCUCCUAUCCUACCUUUCCUAGCGGAGGAAAUUCAUGAGACGCUGGGCAAUGCAAAGGGAGCGUCUGUCUUCUCCCGAAAAUGGACGCCCUUGAACACCGAAUGGCAGGAUGACAAUGCUGAACAAGAUAUGAAUCAGCUAUUCUGUGUUCGCGGUGGAGUGAUGGCUGCGAUGGAAGAGGCUCGCCAAGCAAAGUUGCUCAAGAGUUCGUUGGAAGCCGAAGUAUUGUUGCUUGUACCUGACGAUAUACCAGAGGAGAGCACUUUAAUCAGCUUACUCGGUCGGGAAGAGAACUUCCUAAAAACUCUAUUUAUUGUUUCCGACGCCUACCUGGCUACUGAAGGAUCGCUGGGCACGCAAUCUCCAGAUUGGCUGUAUACAAGAUCCCUUCCGAUCCAGCGGGAUUCUGACCUGGAAAUUCGUGUACUUGUUCGUCCUGCCGCGCUGAGCAAGUGCCCGCGUUGUUGGACGUAUACACGCCCAAAAGACGAUUUGCUGUGCAAGAGAUGUUCCGACGUCCUCACUCACUAG